UUGCAAACAGCUGCUGAUAACAAAAAUAAACCCCACAUUUACCCUUAAGACCAUAACGGUCCAAACUAUCCUGUGUUAACGUACAAAAUAGAAUAUGACAACUUUAUUAGGACGAUGUAAUAGUAUAAUACUUACGCCAUUGGCAAGAACAAAUGCUCUCAGAGCAACAUAUCUGUACUACUCCACGUCUAGAACAAAUGAAAACUUAAUACCUGAUUAUGAAAUAAACGAGAACUUGUUGUUAUCUGAAGAAAAUCGCCACAGAUGUUUGGAGAAAAUGUGUCGGGCUCCGCCAGUAGGAAUCAAGCUACGAGGAGCUAAGAGCGAAAGUAAAUUUGCCGCUGUUUUAAUAGCUUUGUGUACAGACGAAGAAAUGCAGAAUGUAUCUCUUCUAUAUACUAGACGAUCCCAUUUACUUAGCAGACACAUGAGACAAAUAUCCUUUCCGGGCGGCAUUAAAGAAGAUAAUGAAGAUUUUAUUCAAUGUGCUCUAAGAGAAACUGAAGAAGAAAUCGGUAUACCGCCGAGUCGUGUUGAAGUUUGGGGUUCAGGGAAUUUAAUAACUCCUCCGCAUACGGCAGCUAUAAUGCCAGUGGUGGGUGUAAUUAAAAAUUUCAAGGAAAGCGAACUAAAGUUAAAUUCUGCUGAAGUAGAGGAAGCUUUUGCGAUACCCAUCAAAAGAUUAGCUAGUCCUCAAACUCUGCGUUAUACUCAAUUCAAGAGUGGCUAUUCGUCACCGGCAUUUAUGGUUGAUGACAAACGUAUCUGGGGUGUUACGGGUUUUAUAACGAAUAUAUUUCUGAACUGUUUUUUGCCGCCAGAAUUUAAUAAACUGAAAAAUCGUGUGAGAUUUAUAAGAUCAUUUAGAAGUAAAACUAGUUCCUAGGACAAAAGAAGGAAUGUAUGUAUGUAUGUAAUUUUGUGUAAAUAUGUAUGUAUGUAGCAAAGCGAAAGAAGCUAAAUUGAUAUUAAACUGUUGAAAAAUA